UUGACGAGAGGGUUGUCACGCUCCCCAGCUUUGCUUUCCCAAGAGGGUAGCCACAACAGCAGGUGCAGCAAAGCCAUAGGCGCCCCCCGCCUGCGUCAUGGGCUCAGAAGUCUGGGUCGGCACUUGGCGCCCACAUCGGCCCCGCGGCCCCAUCGCGGCGCUCCACAGAGGCCCGGGGCCCAAAUACAAGCUGCCACCGAACACCGGUUACAUCUUGCACGACCCGUCUCGGCCGCGCGCCCCCGCCUUCACUUUCGGCUCGCGCCUGCCCCUGAAACACACUUCCUGCGGGCCCGGGCCGAGCCACCUGGUGCCUGCCCGCAUGACAGUCCGCGGCAUCGAAGGCGCCCCGGCUUUCUCCAUCUAUGGUCGCCUAAGCCACACAGCGCCCUUCCGCACUCCGGGACCGGGCAGGUAUUUCCCAGAACGUGCGGGAAACAUGACACACCCUUCGGCUCCUCGGCAUACCAUGGCUUCCCGAAACUGGGGCAUCCUCUCGAAGCAACAAACCCCAGGCCCUGCAUCCUACACUGUGCCUUCGCUCUUGGGCCCACGUGUCAUAGGCAAAGUCUCAGCCCCAAAUUACUCGUUCUAUGGCCGCAGCACUGUGGGCAGCUGCUUCGAGGACCUCAGCAAGACCCCAGGCCCCUGUGCCUACCACGUUGUGAACCCUGGGAUCUACAAGCCUCGAGCCCCGCAGUUCACGAUGUUGGCGCGGACUUCACCACCCCAAGACAGCACACCGAAGCCAGGACCUGCAUCCUACAGCGUGGACAAGCACCGGAAGCCUCGUGGCUGGACCUUCGGGAUCAGGCAUUCAGACUACCUGGCCCCCAUGAUAGCCCACGUGGACGACUGACGCCAGCAGGCGGGCACUGGCCCUCGGUUGUUUGCUUAAAAGCUUUUCAAGCCAGCGUUGUGUGUGUCUUUCUUUCUGCGUGGUGGGCAAGGGGGGGAUAGGGCGUGACCAUCGAUGGUGUCUGAACUUAGAGAUCAGGCAAGCAGGACAGUGGUGCUCAGGACCCAUUCGUACCAAGACCCCAGGGAACCAGCAGAGUGAAGGCCAGUCUGGAGCGCCAUAAUCUGACCCUUAAGGUCCCGGGAACAUCUACUGGCCACAAG